UACUCCGUACUCCCAUACCCCUAUAUACUCCGUACACGGCGUUGUAAAAUCGGUUUGUCUACACAAUACAGGGGUACAUCAUGAGGCGUAUUAAUACACGAAAGUAAGCAGUAGUCUCACUUACACACACAAAUUACAAGUAUGUACGGAGUACAGAGUAGUAUAAUUGGUAUUCCGUGCUCUUAUCUUUUAGCCUUAGUCAUAAGGCAUAAACUCCGGAAAAAAAAAAAAAAAAAGAAACGGUCGCAUUCUUCACCUCAGUGCAAUAGAUGUACUGGAGUACUCUGUACAUAUUAUGGCCAUUUGAUGUUCGUGUGGUCUUCAUUAAAUACCUGGGAGUACUUGUAUUCUGAUAUAAGGAAAAAUCGAUCUGAUUUUCAUCAAUAUAUACUUCACUUUCUAACUUGAUUUUUUUUAUUUUCUUUUUUAUAUAUAACUAUAGAGUGCGUCAAGCACGAAGGAAGAGAGUUUUCUGAGCAAAUCUUCGUUGUUGCCGAAUGACGACACAUUA